CUGGCAGGCACGGUUUGGCUGCUUCCCCCUCAUUUUGCCCAAAAAUCUGGAUGGAGGGGCUGCUGCCAGAAACGGCACCGGGGCGGCCGUCAGGAGCUUUCAGCCGGGGAGAUGCUCAGGCCAGCGGAGGAGGCAGAAUGGAGGUCCUGGAGGAGAAGGAGGAAGAGGAGCAAAGAGAAGAAGAAGAGCUGAAGGCUUCAGAGAUCAGUGAUAACCUCCAGAACUUGGAGAUGAAUGUGUCCGUGGAGCAAGUCUGUGUCUCAAGCGAUGUACUCCCUGGAAGUGAUUUUGACUGGAGCUCCGUUGACAUGUCCCAGUUACCGUCCUCAUACAAGACAAAUUCCCCGAAGGAAAAGAAGCUGUUGCAGAUCGCUGACCAUUUCCUCCAGCAGUACACUCACCUCUGCCCUGACCGCAAGCCGCUCUUCCUCCACCCGGUCAACGAGUGCGGCGUGGAGAAGUUUGUAAGCACAACGGUGAGGCCAACCCUGCUGCCUUACCCAGAGCUGUACCACUGGGAUGGCUGUGCCAGCUUCGUCUCUGAUUACCUCACCACGGAGCACCUCAAGUCCCCUAUCACACCGCCCAGUUCGCUCUAUUCCCCAACCACCAUCCUGAAAUACCAGCGAGGGAACUGCUUUGACUUCAGUGUGCUGCUGUGCUCCAUGCUGAUCGGGGCUGGGUAUGAUGCCUACUGCGUGCACGGGUAUGCCACCCGCGAGAUAUGCACCCUGGACGAGACUCUGGAGCUGUGCCCACUGCUCAGGAAGCCACAGGAGGUACCAAAAGAGGGGAUGAAGAAGAAGUCCAACAAGUAUAGAGUUAAGUCUCCACCAGACCUGCAGAGCAAGUUUGAGCUUCAGCAGGAGGCCAAGAAGAAGGCAGAAACUGAAGCUGCUCAAAACAACGAGGCGAGAGAAGAGAAGGUGGUCAUGGAAGUGGGAAAGCCUGAGCGUGACCCUUUGUAUGGCUUAAGGGUGCACGCAUGGGUUUUGGUUCUGUCUGGGAAGAGGGAGGUUCCCGAGCCCUUCUUCAUCAACCCCUUCACGGGAAACAGCCACAGCACCAUGGAUGAGCACUUCCUUGGGAUUGAGAGUGUCUGGAACCACAGGAACUACUGGGUGAACAUGCAGGACUGCAGGAACGGCUGCAAGGAUCUCAUCUUUGACCUGGGUGACGCUAUCCGCUGGGAAAUUAUGCUUUCAGAGAGCAACAAGCCUCUUCAGCUGCUCCCAGAUGCUGAGGAGGAAAAGGAGUUAUCUGACAGGAACGCAGAUGAUAUGCAGGAAAAGGAGGAGAAAGACAUGAGUUUUGACAUGCCACCUUCGUGGGUAGCCCCAGUUGAGAUAUCUCCCAGAGAGUUUGAGACCCGCUGUUCCCAGGGGAGGAAGGUGAUCCUGUACAAGAAAGCAAAACUGGAGAAAUGGGCACCGUACCUGAAUGGAAAUGGGCUGGUGAAACGCCUCACCGUCUACACAGGCUUAGACUGUACUGAAGUAGUGGAGGUGAAGGAGUGGUUCAAAAACCGAGAAGACAUGUUGGAUAUAAGAGAAGUGAAUAAACAAACACAGCUGACCACGGAGUACUUCAGCCCAGGACACCUCCUCGGUCUUAAAGCUCACACCUAUAUGUCGCUGGAACCAGAGACUGAACGUACAAUAGAGUUUUACAAUGAGGUGCGAGUUGAUGGCCUCCAGAAACUCAUUGAAAAUGCUAACGAGAUGACAGAGUACUUCGUGGGGCGGGAUGACUUCCUGCACGUCCGGCACAUGGAGUUUGGCAAAAGAGGAAAGAAAAUACACUUGGCUGGCACCAGAACUGACAUUAACGCCCGGCCUAUCGUGCAAAUCAAGGAGUGUUUCCACAGAAACCUAGAAAAGCCUGCUGAUGAAGAUGUAGCAGAACGUAUCUUUCUGAUCACAGAGGAGAUGAUCCAUCUGACAUAUCACCUCAAGGAUAAAUACAUUACUGCCUCAAAGAAGGAUUUCUUCAAAGCAGCAGAGGGGGAUAGAAAAGGAAAUGAAAUGGUCAUGACCCCAGAAAUGUGCAUCACAUACCAGGCAGGGUCCUCUGAGAAAGACAAGAAGCUGCUCCAUCUGUACAAAUUGUUGCAGGAGCUAACAGAGGAAGAGAAGCAGCUGAAGCAACAAGUCCGGCAAUCUGAAGCAGAGGUGUUAAAUAUUUUGAAGAUCCGUGAGAAUGAAGAAGCCGCUGUUAAAUUGUCAGUUUCAAUUUAUAAUACAGAAAGGAAUGAAAAGAGAAGACAACAGUAUGAAGCCAUGAAGAACACAGUGGAGGAUGAGCUGCCAGGACAAGAGGAACAGGAUCUGGAUUACCUGGCACCUUUUCUCAUUCAAAUUGACCACAGAGAAAAAAUGACCAAGUGGCAAGCCCUGCGCAUCAGAGAUGACUGCCUGGCUGAUCUUAAAGAUCGUCUCAUCAAUAAAGCUAACAUCAUCCAGGCUCGCUUUGAAAAGGCAGUGGAAGAGCUGCAGAAGAAGGACCAGUGGUUUCAGGAGAACCAGAAUCGGCUCAGUGCACAAGAGGAAGAUGACUUCCUCGCCCGUUACUCUCAAAGCACGUUCCAUAUCCACAUUCUAGCACUGAGGCUCAAGAGGGAAAAGCAGACGGCAGCACAGAAAUACCUCGCUCUUCAAGAGAAGCUGCACAAGGAUCCUCGCCUAGCUGAGCACCUCAGUCACGCCUGACUUCUUUAUUCCUUCAUGCCAGACGCUGGAAAUCAGUGCUGGAGCCUGUUAGAAGCAGCCUGAAAAAAAGUGGAAAGGUUUUCCUACUUCCCUGCAGUAAAUCUUUCAUUAUCAUCAGAUUCAUGGAGAUUUUAAUGAACUUGUAGCAUUCCACUGUCUUUUUCCUCUUUUAAGGCCCAUCUGCAAUUACAUCGAGAGGCUGUAGGGAGGCAAAUUGUCUUCUCAUGCCAUUCUAUCAUGGUUGAGACUGAAGUCUGAACGAGACCUUAGCUUUAAGGUCUGCUUCAGAAGUUGCUACAAAUUAGACAAACUGUAUUGCAGAGCUUUUCUUCCCCAAACCUGCUGACAUGAGGAGCAGGAUUAUUUGGGAAUACUGAUUCUUUUUCAACGUAAUAUUUUAACAAAUUUAUAAUUUAGUUUUAUAAGCAGCACAAGCAAAGAUUUUUAACUUGUGAGUUCACAACAAAUAUAAAAAUUCUUUAACCUGAUUUAGAGCUAUUAACUGCAAAACCCAGCAAAGACAAAAUUGACUCAAAUUGACAAACUUUGGAUUUUAACAUCUUUAUUUUUCACUUUGAAUGUCUGCUCAGCAUUCACAAGGAUUGGCAGAGAGGGUAAAAAAGUCACGAGAAAUCCAAAAAGCAUUCCAAAUCCAAGAAAUUUUAGGUAAUCAAGUAUUUUGGUUAAUAAUCAUUCCCCAAGAUCCACAAAUGGAAGUUAGUAUGUGUGCGCCAUGUAUUGGUAUUUAUGUAAGUCCCUGAACCUGCUAGGAAGCAAUUUCUGAUGUCACUUAUAGGACAUCAGGCACCGUGGACACCUACGGCGGUUCUACCUACAGUUCCCAAAAGCUGCAGUCUCCAAGAAACAAACUCCAAUGAUCAUCUUCAGUGACGACUGAUCACAGCUGGGGGAAGGCAGAAACUUAUGUUGCUGUGAUACAGCAGAGUAAGGGACAUCACACCUGAAAUACAGCAUGAACCAGAGCAAACCUGGUUUUAUGGUGGCUGUCCAUGUUAAGUGUAAUAGGGCUUUUACAGAGAAACACCCCCCUCCACUGCCUUUUUUAUUGCAACAGAGUCAUUUUCUCUUGUGUUGUUUCUGUUACAUUUGAAGAGGAGAACCCAACGUUAAAACCAAAAGCCACCAUUAGCUCAUUGUGCCUCAUCUGAAUAUCCUAGGCUAUUAAAAUAUACCAAAUUACCCU